UGCGCGCUGCCCCUGCGUCCGCUCUCCCGCCGGGCGCCGCGGCGACAGUUACUUAGCGGCUGGCCGCGGGCGGGCGCGCGCUGGGGCUCUCCGCCUGCCGGGCUCUACCGCCACCGGGUUCCGCGACGCAGCCGCCUCCGGCCACGCCAUGAGCAAGGAGACGAAGAAGCCGUUCCGCCAGAGCAUGGCCGAGUGGCGGCAGUUCGUCUACAAUCCCAACAGCGGCGAGUUCCUGGGGCGCACGGCCAAGAGCUGGGGUUUGAUCUUAUUAUUCUAUCUGGUAUUUUAUGGCUUCCUAGCAGCGCUCUUCACGUUCACAAUGUGGGUUAUGCUUCAGACGCUGAGCAAUGACAUUCCAAAAUACCGUGACCGGAUUUCUAGUCCAGGGCUUAUGAUUUCACCAAAGCCAGACACUGCAUUGGAAUUUUACUUUAACAAGAGUGACGCCCAGUCAUAUGCAGAAUAUGUUUCUACACUUAGAAAAUUUCUUGAAACAUAUGAUGAUUCAAAGCAAUCCCAAAAUAUAAACUGUACACCAGGAAAGGUUUUUGAUCAGAAUGAUGUUGCUGUUAAAAAAGCAUGUCGAUUUAACCUCUCUGAGCUGGGGCAGUGCUCUGGGAAGGAAGAUAAGACCUUUGGCUAUUCUAAAGGAACUCCCUGUGUGCUUGUGAAAAUGAAUAGAAUAAUUGGAUUAAAGCCUGAAGGGGAACCGUAUAUACAGUGUACAUCUAAGGAACCAGGCGCGGUUGAGAUAAAUUAUUUUCCUUCAGGAGGCUCGAUUGACUUGAUGUACUUUCCAUACUAUGGGAAAACCUUGCAUGCUCACUAUUUACAGCCUCUAGUGGCUGUUCAACUAGCGAUUAACUCCAACAGUACCAAUGAAGAAAUAGCAAUUGAGUGUAAGAUCCUGGGCUCACCUAAUUUAAAAAAUGAAGAUGAUCGUGACAAGUUUCUGGGACGAAUUGCCUUCAAAGUUGAGAUGACUGAAUAGCAGGAGAAAGAAGUUCUCCACAAAGUAAAUGUUGUGUUGUCUGUUUUGUAUGAGCUGGACAUGCCAUUCUAGGAUAUGAAACCACCUUGGAGAAUGUUAAGGUGGCUUAUGGCAUUCAGGGUAGCAUAAUAAUAUGCUUCCAAAUCAAUGUGUUUGAAAUCCCUCAAAAUAAAUGCCUAUCAUGCUUCUGCCUGCCCCAUUGGAACAGUGUACAGACUAUAGUUAUGUCAUAGAGACCUGUAAAUAGCUGUUUUCAAACACUUAAUAAUGGUGACCUUUGUCCUGUUCUAAAAUGUGGUUUUAUCCCCCAAGUGAGUGUCUCAAGCUUAAUGUGCUGUGCUAUGUAAAUAUUGUAUUGAUUUAACACUGGUUUAACUGUCAUAUCUCAAUGCUGACACAGUUAUAGGGAUAAUUAAUAAAUGGUACCUGAUUGACGUAGUGAUUCUUUUGAAAGAGUAAACACCUCCACAUAAAUUGCGUGUAUGGGAGUGGGUGGGUGGAUGGAUGCUUGUGUGGAGAUGCCUUAAAUUGUAGAUUGGUUGGUGUGGGAAAAGUAAAAUGGAUUUUAAGAGUUGGUAUGGAUUUCAGAAAGUAAGUGCUCACCUAGUACUUUCUUGUGCUUGUCACUGUGCAAGUAUUGUGUACAUGUAAUACUUGGUAGAGAGUUUGGUAUUCUAGCUGAGGAAUUAAACCUUUCUUUGUGUUGUUCAUUGCUUGCAGUACGUGGAGCACAAAUAAAAUCUAUACCGUAUUUUAAAACUUUUUAGUUCAGAGAUAUCAAUAUAAAACAAUUAAAAUCUGUUUAGAGUCCUGGUAACACUUGUACAAAAGCUGCUUGAAAGAAACAGCCUCACUAUUGUGGAAAUAGACCUUCAUAUUUCCAAUUAAAAAAAAGAAUAAAUUCUGAAGAACCUCUGUUGGGGGUUGUCUUGAUUAAACAUUCCUGUUUAAUUUAUAUACUGUUUCGUUGCAUCAUUUUAACAUACUUCAUGUUUUCUCCUGCUCUUUAAUCUUGGAUUUUCUAUGUAUUUCUUCAUCCUUUUUAAAAAAAAAUGGAUGUCACAGCUGCAUUAUACAAAUUGUCUGUUGAUUGGGAGUGUGGAUUACUUGCCAUUUGACGUUCAGUUUUUUUAGUGAUCCACUUGCUAAGGUGGCUACACAUAGUCUGGCUUAUUUGUGACUGCUCCUCACAUCAAGCCAAGCUGACCUGUUAUAUUGGGUUAUAAUUUGUGCGGUUUUGCCGGCAUGGGAUUUAUAAUGCUCUUCCCCAGGGUUUUUGUUUGUUUUAUUUUUUGAGCACACAAUCCACAUUCUCAUAUAUUAAAGACUACAGCAACACCAUUUAUAUAAAUACCUCUGUGUUCUGUUGGUAAUAUUGUGGCCUAGAUUUGUUACCUAACACGCUUUUAUGCCUAAUUCUUAUAUUGUUUUUAAAAAUUUUAUUGAAAACAAAUUAAAGGAAUGAUUACUAAAAUUCAA